UCAAUAAUUCAACCAAGAUUUCAACUUUUUGUUUAAAACCCUCCUGAAUCCAAGAAAAACUCUUACCUUUUGAUGCAAAAAAGAUGGAUCUUGAAGAUGAAGGAUGGGUUAACAUUCAUCAUGAUGGGUUUCUUGAAGUCCAUGAUGAUGGGGAUGAGAAAAUCUUCUCAAGCAAAUAUGUCACGAGUCCCGUGAAGCUUUUCGAGCCAAAAUACUUUGGUACCCCACAAAAGUCCCGAAAUCUCGUCCAAGAGGAACCAAGAUUUCAGAAGCAAUUGGUUCAUUUGCCGACCGAAUUGGAUCAUGAGGUCAAAGAAAUGAUCAAACUCCCGAUCUUGAUCAACAACGAGCCUAAAGAAGCAAGACAUGAACCAGAGUUGGAUCAAGAUCCGAUCUUUCAAGUUUUCUUCAAGAAAGAAAACCAAUUUGUCGAAACGAAAACGGGUUCUCUGAGAAUGAAUUCUCGAGAACCUGAUGUGUCUUGUAUUGAAAGAGGUUUGUUUCAAUACGAGAAAAGGAGUAUUGAUGAUGAUGAUUGUUCAUCACCAUCAAAGAUGAUCAAGAAAGAAGUGGUUGGUUGGGGAUCAAAAAGUAACCAAAGGUUGAACCUUUGGAGGUGGGGUUUGAGUGGGUUUGGUGCUUUUUGUUGUGUUGGCAUGGCUGCUGCUACCAUUGGCAUCAUCAUAUUUGGAAAUGGCAGAAGGCAAACUCAAAAGCUUAGGAUUCAGUUCUACUCAGACAACAAGGGGAUGAAGCAAGUGGUGCAGCAAGCAAAUGAAUCCAUGUCUACAGUGAGAGGAGUUCCAUUGGUGAAGGCACAAAUCACAUAUGGUGGAUACUAUGAAAGUCUCUAGACCAAAUAUUUUCAUCUAAAAUGUCUGAAAUUUUUAAAACCACAUAAAAUCGUAUUAUAUCGAUACAGAUGUUAUAGUAUUAAACUGAUAAAGCUUGUAUAUAUUAUUUGUGGAGUAAGUUUAUAAUAUAAAGUGAAAUAGCUAAAUAUGAAGAGGUGAAAAAUCUAUUAUCAACC